AUGGAGUUGGAUGGUUUGGAUGCUAUUUUGGCUCAGAACAAGGCCAUGUCUCAACAAAUUAUUGCCAUCACUCAACAUUUGGGAGGCAUUAGGCAAACUCUGAGGCUCACUUCGUCACUCACUCACUCACUCUUCACUCCUUCAGGCUUGAGGCUUCAGGCCUUCAGCUCUUCUCCAAUUCUCCAAGGCUGUCAAGGACCACAUCCUCUGCUCAGCUGCGCCAGUAAGUCGCCGUCACAGCUCGUCCGAUCGUUUGCCGUCGCUCACCAAGACACCAACCGUCCUCAUUCAUCUCGGUCGCCUCGCCGCUGUCGCUCACAGAGUUCACGUCGGCGUCGCUCCCACUUCUCGCCGUCACUGUCCUCGCCGACUCGCCUCUCCAAUCUGCGGUCUUUGGUCUGUGCUCACCUUGUCGUCCCUCCUUCCUCCGUUGUCGUCUCUCUGGUGACUGGUUUAAAUUUUGAUUUGCAAACUUUUAUGAUGAUGAAGAUGUUGAAAGUGAUCAAGAAUAAGGGUUGAAGAUUCCUUUAUAUCUAAUAUUGUAAUUUCUUUAUUAUGGUGUUAUGUUUGUAGUGAUCUAACACUUUUUUUUUAAUUUCAAGUUAU